AUGAACUUUGAGCAGCUUCUAAACACACUCCGUAGGAAAUACAUCGUUAAAAGGCAAUCUGCCAACACAUACUCAGUGUCAGACAACAUCAAAACCAUAAAUAUAACAGAAAGCGAUUAUGGAAUUUAUGAUGAAUCAUACAUUCAAAGUCUUUUCAAUACAUCUGAAUCUGUACCUGUUGACUUUGCAAACAUAGGCCGUGACGAUUUGACUCCAAACAUGGAUGACGCACGAACAUUUACAGCAGACAGACACAUCAAGGGAUCGAUGAUGGACUCAAGCACAUUCAUGAGAUAUGGUAGUCAGAAUACAGCAGAAGAUGAUGACUCUGGUACAAACCCAUUGAUAAAAAUAGAUCCAAUAACACCAUCAAAAAAUAAAAAGGACAGCUUUGAGCCAGACAGAGACGAUUAUGUACCAGACAGAAGUAAUCGGUUUCUGUAG